AUGACGAAUCUUCCACUCUCCAUCUUCCGUAAGGGAAACGGAGUUGCGAUUGAAACGCCAAACAUAUGCACCAUAACUUCAUACAUCACGGCCCAUCCAUCACCUUCCAACCAUAACUCUAUUCUCACCAUACAUACCAAAUCUGCCAUCACCACCAAACGCGGAAUCACCUUCCACCACAAACCUCUUACGAUUCUACCACAUGACUGCACCAGGCCUAGCACGUCGUCGUUGCUUACGUUUCUGCAUUUCCACAGUAAUUCACUUCUCGUGACUUCUGAAUCUGAUCGCCAAAUUCCUUCAUUUUCUUCAUUCGGUGCAAGGGCACCAUUGUUAAUUACUGAUUAG